ACGCAAUACGUUGAUUUACGUGCGGAUCUCUUUCCAGGUGACGAGUACUGCUUUGUGGCCAAGAUGUGGCAGUCUGUGUCUGCUCUGUGUGUCCUGGUGACUCUUGUGAGUGCCCGCAGCGUCCCCUACUUUGCUCCCCUCUCGCACGAUUUGGUCAACUACAUCAACAAACUCAACACUACAUGGCAGGCUGGGCACAAUUUCCGCAAUACUGACAUGAGUUAUGUGAAGAAACUGUGUGGCACGUUCCUGCAUGGGCCCAAACUGCCGGUGAGGGCAGAGUUUGCUGGAGACGUGAACUUGCCAGACAGCUUUGACUCCCGGGCACAGUGGCCAAAUUGUCCAACCAUUAACGAGAUCAGAGACCAGGGCUCCUGUGGCUCUUGUUGGGCAUUUGGUGCGGUGGAGGCCAUUUCGGACAGAGUCUGUGUGCACACCAACGGCAAGAUAAAUGUGGAAAUCUCAGCAGAAGAUCUGCUGUCUUGUUGUGGCUUCAAAUGUGGGAUGGGGUGUAAUGGUGGCUAUCCUUCUGGAGCGUGGGCGUACUGGACUGAGGAAGGCCUGGUGUCUGGCGGGCUCUAUGACUCCCACGUGGGCUGCAGACCAUACUCCAUUCCUCCAUGUGAGCACCACAUCAAUGGGUCUCGACCCUCGUGCACUGGGGAGCAAGGGGACACCCCAAGGUGCGACAGACACUGUGAAGCAGGCUACUCACCUUCAUAUGAGAGUGACAAACACUUUGGAGCUACGUCUUACAACGUCCCUCGCAGCGAGAAGGAGAUAAUGGCUGAGAUCUACAAGAAUGGCCCAGUAGAGGGAGCAUUUGCUGUGUACGAGGACUUCCUCAUGUACAAGUCUGGUGUUUACCAGCAUGUCUCCGGAGGAGAGGUUGGUGGCCAUGCUAUCAGAAUCCUUGGCUGGGGUGUAGAAAAUGGCACCCCCUACUGGCUGGCUGCAAACUCCUGGAACACUGACUGGGGUGACAAUGGUUUCUUUAAAAUCCUCCGAGGGCAGGACCACUGCGGAAUCGAAUCAGAGAUAGUGGCUGGCAUCCCCAAAACAGAACUGUACUGGAAGAGGAUCUAACCCCCUGGCUUGGGUGCAACUGAAGAGAUCAAACUACAAAUAAUCACGCCUCUGAUUCUUAUAUCCAGGAGCAGGCUGGGCACAGAGCCUGCACUCUUGAGACUAUGGUUGAAGCUACUUAUUAAAAUCUUUUUAUCUUGUUUAGUUGUGUGAUGGGGAUGAAGGAGGUGGUUUCAGUAUCCAUGCGCUAGCUGCCUUUUCUACUGGAGCUCUCUGCUCCCAAGCCAGUUUGUGUGGCUUCGCUACACACGAGCAUUCCUUUCUCAAAGGAUUGAGCUAGAAGUGACAUAGCUCAUCACUCACCACAAUAUUGGAGUGACUGAGAAACUGGUUUUUACCAGCCUUGUUCAGUGAACCCUCUUGUCCAAGCUUGGGUGAAGCAAUCACUUCAUUUUGGAAACACACCAGGAUAGGCCAAAGUACCUGCAUGGUCUGGGAGGCAGGACUGGAUGACCUAGGGGGUCUCUUCCAUCUCUGAGAGGAUGCAUGCUGCUGCAUUGCUGCUGUCCCCAAGUUUGACUUCUGCACUGCUGUGUGCCCAGAGAGCUAGCUGCUCAGAAGUGAGUAUGUGCCAACCCUUGUCUAUGGCAUAAACAUUGCACAUGCACUUCUGAAAACAUAUGCCUAGGUUUAUUUGCUAACCUUGUUUCCUGACUGGGGGGAGCCUAUUAAUGACAUCACUGAGGAGCUGGCUCUGGAUGGAGUAGAACAAGGCUCUCUUACAACUAAGCUUUUCAUAAAUAUCUUCCUCUGCUUUUCUGUUUAGUGUUAUAAUUUUUUUUAAAAUAAACCACUUGGCUCCUCAACCAGUUAUUACAGGUCUGGUGGGUGAUGUGAUGAACUAGCCUGUUUAUGCUGGCACAUGGAUGCUAAGAACAUCUAACUG